UUGAUUUCCAUUCCCAACCGUAAAAUUGGCAGAGAUGCACACGAAGGCUGGCAACACUGUCCUUUUCGUUCUUGGUUUAGUGGCGUGUUCCACGUGUGUUACACGGUGAAGGAGUACGACUAAGCAGGAGUCAAAAUGGGUCGUAUGCACUGUGGUGGUAAAGGUAUAUCUCAAUCUGCUCUGCCGUACCGGCGAAGUGUUCCCACAUGGCUGAAGCUGACAGCGGACGACGUGAAGGAGCACAUCUACAAGUUGGCCAAGAAAGGCCUGACACCGUCGCAGAUUGGUGUCAUUCUUAGGGAUUCCCACGGUGUUGCCCAGGUACGUUGGGUGACAGGCAACAAGAUUCUGCGCAUCCUAAAGGCGAAGGGUUUGGCCCCACAGCUGCCCGAGGACCUCUACUGCCUCAUCAAGAAAGCAGUUGCCAUCCGAAAGCACCUUGAGCGGAACCGCAAGGACAGGGACUCCAAGUUCCGUCUCAUCCUGGUGGAGAGCCGUAUCCAUCGUCUCACCCGAUACUACAAGACCAAGCGUGUUCUUGCACCUUCGUGGCGUUACGAGUCCUCCACGGCUUCUGCACUUGUGGCCUGAGUGAUUCAUUAAAUGUGCUAUCCCAUGUA